AUGAAAGCCGCUCAAAUUGCCUUCUGGGAAAUCAACCUAGCUCGCUGUGAAGGAUACUUUAAAAGACGAGUUGACAAGACGUUUACUUUGGAUACCCAGAAGUUACAACGCAGGUACCUGCACCUUCAACGCUCUCUUCACCCUGACAACUUCAGUCAGAAAACUCAGAAAGAACAGGAGUAUUCGGAAACCCAUUCAGCGCUGGUGAACAAGGCCUACAGGACUCUGCUAAAGCCUUUGAGCCGUGGUCUUUAUAUGCUGGAGCUCGGGGGGGUCCCUGUGGAGGAAGGGACUGACAUUGGGGCCGAUCAACAGCUUCUCCUGGAAAUAUUGGAGAUCAAUGAAAGGUUGCAAGAGACGCAAAUCAAGGAGGAGACUGACAGCAUUGGGGUUUUCAUUGAAGGUCGACUGCAGGACCUCACGGAGAAAAUAGAUGUAUCCUUCCAUCAAGGGGAUAUUCAGUCAGCGAAAGUGCUGAUUGCUCAAAUGAAGUACUUUGCGAAUAUUCAGGAGAAGGUGAAGGAGAAGCUGUCGGCCAUGUUGGUCUGAGGGUCUGCUCCGGUGCCUCCUGCCAAGCUAUCCCUGUUCACAAACCCUCACACUUUUCAUGUACAUUUUUAGACAGUAUAUAUUUAAUGAUCCAUGUUUUCACAACCAGUGCAAUAACUUAUUUAACUUAAAGCAAAGAAAACAAUGUGACCUUCAGAAUGAAACACUGGAUUUUUAAAGUCCUGCGUUGUUAAAAUUCUUUAUUAAAUGACAAUUCAACAAGA